AUGUUGAAGGCCGCAUACAUUCAUUUCGUGCUGGUGCUGCUGGCUGCUUGUGCUCUCGCGCAAACAACAGUGCCAUGCAAAUGCACGAGUACCAUGUAUUGGAGGACGUAUACUCUGAGAAGAACAGUUACUGGAUCCGCGUCAUGUACCAGCUUGAAGUUAACACCCACAUGUCCUACAUCAACACCAACCUCAACCUCCAAGGCAUCUACAGUGGCCACCCCGACCUCUUCAAAGCCCACGACGACGAGCACCACUCCUAAACCAAGCUCCAGCUCAGCGCCGACUCCUACUCCUACUUCUACUCCAAAGCCGUCAUCGACAUCCUUCUCUACUUCGACUACUUCGCCUAAACCUUCUUCGACUUCUACCUCCGUAUCUACUACUUCAUCAAAGUCUUCUACGACGCCUAGCCCGUCACCGACCUCGACUUCUUCGCCGAAACCAUCUUCGACAUCUUUAACAUCUACUUUGAUAUCUACUACUUCAUCCAAGUCCUCUACAACACCCAGCCCUUCACCGAUCUCGACCACGUCACCAAAGCCAUCUACAACCUCAACUACCUCGUCAAAGCCGGCGAGUUCGUCCACAAUCACAGGAUGUGCUCCGACACCGACGAACAAGAGUUCUGGCACUAAACGAGGAGUAUCGUACAACGACUUGGCCUUGACAAACCUGUUCUCUACGUCCUGCGUGAAGAGCAAAGCCUCAUGGGCGUACAAUUGGUAUAGCGCACCUGCCAAUCAAGGCUCAGCUGCCGCAUACAACACCGCCCUGACCUUCAUCCCCAUGCUCUGGAGCGCUGCAGAUGCCCUGACAAGCGUAUGGAACGCCAAUGCCAACGCAGCAAUUGCCAACGGAGCCAAGGCGCUGCUCUCCUUCAACGAGCCAGAUGGCUGCUCGGACGGCGGCUCCUGCAUGAAUGCGACCUACGCGGCACAGAGCUACAAGACUUGGAUGCAGCCGUUUGCCGGUAAAGCGAAGAUUGGCGCUCCCGGUAUCACGAACGGAGGUGCCCCGAUGGGGCUGACCUAUCUGCAGAACUUCAUGCAGGCCUGCAGUGGGUGCACCAUUGACUUCAUCACGAUCCACUGGUACUCGGAUGCUAGCCAGAUUUCGGCAUUCAAGAGCUAUGUCCAGCAGGCGUACACGGCAGGUGGGAACAAGCCGAUUUGGAUCACGGAGUUUGGUUGCACGAGUGGGACAGACGCGCAGGUGCAGGCGUUCAUGAAGGAUGUCCUGCCUUGGUUGGACGCGCAGUCCUAUGUGGAGAAAUAUGCCUUCUUUGGAGCGUUUGCGCAAAACCCGAGUGCGCCUUUCCUUUGGCAGGAGACGCUGGUGAACCAGGCUGGCACUGCAUUGAGCAAUACUGGCGUUAUCUACGACCAGAUAUGA